AUGAUAGACAGUCACAGAGUAAAAUUACCAUACCCUAAGCUUGUUGCUACACCUAUUGCCAAACAUGUCGUCAGCCAACGAGUUGCAGAAGAUGUGGGCGUCGUCAUAUUCAUUGCUACACUACGAUCGAUCGAUCGAUCGGUGACUACGAGUGAAGGAGAAUCCACGUCGACAGGUACUAUGACUGAGCAAAGUAAAGGUAAGCUUAAUUCUAUAGCAAACGAUGUACACUUUGUAACUAACUUUUCCAAGGAAAAUUGUCAAAAUAGUGUCCUAUUAGCUACUGCCGAGGUAUUAGUAGAGAGUAGGAAUGGUUGCAAACAUAUUAUUAGAGCAUUCUUAGACCAAGGGUCGCAAGCAUCGUUUAUAACUGAAGCUACAGUACAAUUACUUAAUCUUACGCGCCGAUCUGUAAGUGGUUGGGUGUCAGGUGUGGGAAAGGGGCAAAUGAGAAUCAAAUACAUGUUUUCACUUAGCGUGAAAUCUCGCCACGAUCCUAAGACAAUAAUACGAGUGAAUGCAUAUGUAUUGCGUUCAGUAACAACACUUCUGCCUACUACCAAACUUAGUGCUCCUAAAUGGUCGGACCUAGAAACUUUAGAGUUGGCUGAGUCAGCCUUCAAAACACCUGGAAGAAUUGACAUUCUUUUGGGAGCAGACGUAUACAGUAACAUUCUUUUACAUGGUAUAAUCAAACAUCCUAGGGUCAACUUACUAGCACAGAGAACAUGCCCAGGUUGGGUGCUAUCAGGAAAGCUGCCUCAAUGA